AUGGGAAGUAUAUGUGAUGAUGACUGGGAUAUUCGAGAUGCAAGAGUGGUUUGUAAUAUGCUUGGAUUUGACGGGGCAUUAGCCGCACCAGGAGAAGCUAUCUUUGGGGCCGGAAGUGGCGAAAUCUUGUUUGACGACGUUAACUGCAAAGGGACGGAGGAAACCCUUGCUGACUGCUUCCAUCGAGGACUUGGAGUCAACACCUGCAACCAUGGCAGUAAUGCUGGUGUUGUUUGCUUUACAAGAGAUCAGUCAUCUCCCUUCCAAUUAAGGCUGACCGGUGGAGGAAGUAAUGUUGAAGGCACAGUAAACGUUAUGCAUAAUGGAUCCUGGGGAACUGUAUGCGACUUAAAUUGGGAUCUGCGUGACGCCCUGGUGGUUUGUAGGAUGCUAGGGUUUGAUGGAGCCUUGGGGGCACCAGGAGCUGCUAGGUUUGGUCAAGGAUUUGGGAGAGUUCUUCUUAACUGGGUCGAAUGUGAUGGAUCAGAAGACAAUCUUGCGGACUGCUCGCAACCAGGAGUUGGGGAUUAUACUUACUGUGGUCAUGAUAAAGAUGCAGGAGUCGUGUGUUUCAUUGAGGGUAUGUUUUAAUUUUUACCUUGAAAACUUUCGCCCCAUAAUCAAAAGAACCAGAGAUUAUUUGAAAU